AUGAGUAAAGUUUUGAAAGACUUAAUUGUAACUGAGCUAAAGGCCAAACUAAGCAAACGUGGCUUAAGUGGGACAGGAGUGAAAAACGAACUCGUUAAGCGGUUGCAGGAACAUCUUGAGCAGCACAAAGAAGACCCUUAUACGUUUGCUUUCGAAUUAGAAGCAAAAGUGGAAGAGGUAAAUACAAAUGUUGCCUUAUCUAAAAUGGUGUUAGUUCUUUUAGCCAAACUUGAAGAGAAUGAAAAGAAUUUCCUGAAACAACUAGAAACUCAAAGCAAACAACUAGAAGCCCAAAGAAGUAACCAAAAACAAGAACAGCAGAAUAUUCUAGAGCGCGGAUCUGCUGCUGAACUGCUUCAAACCGUCCUAGCAGAAAAGAGUUGUGACUUCACAGUUGUGGCAAACGCAAUCGAACAGCGUUUUAAGAAUAGCCACAUGGCAGAAGUCUUCCGAGUUCAGCUUUACAAUAGGACACAAAAAAGAGGUGAAACUCUGCAGAAGCUUUAG